UACUAUAUCUGGUGUAGUUGAUCAUUCAAGACAAUCAAACAAAAUUCACAUACAUACUAAACUGGUCCAAGUGAAUAGCAGCUAGCUAGUAAACAAAGAUGGCUAUUCCAGAAAUUAUUCUGAGCUCUGGAAAUGCAAAAGCUAUGCCAGUUUUGGGACCGGGCUUAGGAACUUUGGAUCCAACUCCAGAAUUUUUGACUAGUAUGAUAAAAGCAGUGCUUGAAGCAAUUGAGCUUGGUUACAGGAUGUUUGAUACUGCUUCUUUUUACAGAACAGAAGAAGCUCUUGGUGAAGCGAUAUCUCAAUCUAUCAGUUGUGGUUUGAUCAAGUCCCGCGAUGAACUCUUCAUUACGUCUAAGAUUUGGUUGAAUGAUAAUUAUGGUGAUUGUGUCCUUCCUGCCCUUCAAAAGAGUUUGCGGGAUAUGAAGUUGGACUAUGUUGAUCAGUACCUUAUACAUUUUCCAAUGAGCAUGAAGGCUGGAUCAAACCCUUUCCGCCUGAACCCUGAAGAUUUUGUUCCGAUGGAUAUUAAAUCUGUUUGGACGGCCAUGGAGGAGUGCCAAACACUUGGCCUUGCAAAAUCUAUUGGUGUCAGUAAUUUCACUUGCAAGAAAAUUGCUGAUAUUCUGGCAUUUGCUAAGAUUCCUCCUGCAAUCAAUCAAGUGGAGAUGAACCCUGCAUGGCAACAAGGGAAACUGAGGGAGUAUUGUCAGGCAAAUGGAAUCAAAAUAGCUGCUUAUUCUCCUCUAGGAGCGGCAGGAGCUUUCUGGGGGACAAAAGAUGUUCUGGAAUCUAAGGUUCUGAUGGGAAUUGCAGAGUCGAAAGGGAAGUCUGUGGCCCAGAUUGCUUUAAGAUGGGCUUAUGAGCAAGGAGUUAUUAUUGUGACCAAGUCUCACAACAAAGAGAGACUAAAGCAGAAUCUUGAAAUAUUUGAAUGGGGAUUGAGUGAAGAAGAGUCCAAGAAGAUAGCUGCACUGCCGCAAAGGAGGGCAGGCCUUGGCCAUAUGUUUAUUUCUGAUACUGGUCCUUUUAAGUCCGUCGCGGAUAUCUGGGAUGGAGAGCUUUAAGAUGAUUAUUACACAAAUAAAAUGGCAUAUCAGUAUAUGCAAACCUUCUGAAAUAAGGCACAGCCGCCAACAUGUCACUCUUGUUCUUUCUAUUGCUACUGUAUUAUAGUUUUCCUUUUGUAAUUUAUAGUUGCUAUAGCCGGAUUGUUUAUAAAGAAAAUUAUGGCCAAGGUACUAUUUGCAUACAUGUCACAUAAUACUUUGUCUUGCAUUAAAUCGAGGGUCUUCAUGAAAACAGUCUCCCUCCUCUUUUAGAAUAGGGACAUGAUCUACGUUUGGUUUGGCCUAA